GAGGGCGUGUAUGUCUGUGUGUCUGAGGAGAGAGAGCGAGAGUGAGUGAGUGAGUGUGAGUGCGGGAUAGGGUGGUGGCCGUUACGUUCGGGGCAACGGCUCCGGCAGAGGAGAAGUAAGAAGAGAAACAACGUCCGCCGCUUCCGCCUUCGCCUAGGAGGAGGAGGAGCUGGUAGGAAAACGAAAGCGAUUCGCGCUGGGCCCGGACUAGACCGAGUUGGGCCGGUGGGGGUCUGGGCUAUGAGCCUUUGAGGGUCGCUUGGGACGCGGAACGAGACUCGAGAGCCGAGAGCUAUGUCUCAGCCGCCGCCGCCGCCUCCGCUGCCGCCGCCACCCCCUCCCCCGGAGGCACCGCACACCUCGUCGUCCCUGUCGGCGGCUGCUCCGGGGAUGCUCUCGAAGCGGAGAGACCGAAGAAUCCUCUCCGGGAGCUGCCCAGAUCCGAAGUGCCAGGCGCGUCUGUUCUUCCCGGCCUCCGGUUCUGUCAGCAUCGAGUGUACCGAGUGCGGACAGCGGCACGAGCAACAACAGCUGCUGGGGGUGGAGGAGGUGACCGACCCGGACGUAGUGCUACACAACCUGCUGCGGAACGCGCUGCUGGGAGUUACCGGGGCGCCCAAGAAGACCACGGAACUGGUAAAGGUGAUGGGCCUUUCCAACUACCACUGCAAAUUGUUGUCGCCCAUUUUAGCUCGCUAUGGAAUGGAUAAACAGACAGGCCGGGCUAAGCUUCUCCGGGACAUGAACCAGGGCGAACUGUUCGAUUGCGCUUUACUGGGUGACCGCGCCUUUCUCAUCGAACCAGAGCAUGUGAACACGGUGGGCUAUGGCAAGGACCGCUCCGGAAGCCUCCUGUAUUUGCAUGACACCCUUGAGGACAUCAAGCGGGCCAAUAAAAGUCAGGAAUGCCUCAUUCCAGUGCAUGUGGACGGGGAUGGACACUGCCUGGUGCAUGCUGUGUCCCGGGCUCUAGUGGGCCGGGAGCUCUUCUGGCAUGCCCUGAGAGAGAAUCUGAAACAGCACUUUCAGCAGCACCUGCCCAGAUACCAAGCCCUGUUCCAUGACUUCAUUGAUGCUGCUGAGUGGGAAGACAUUAUCAAUGAGUGUGACCCUUUGUUUGUACCGCCUGAAGGUGUUCCUUUGGGCCUGAGGAACAUCCACAUAUUUGGUCUUGCCAAUGUGUUACAUCGCCCUAUUAUUCUGUUAGAUUCUCUCAGUGGCAUGAGAAGCUCUGGUGAUUAUUCAGCCACCUUUCUGCCUGGGCUCAUCCCUGCAGAGAAGUGCACUGGGAGAGAUGGUCAUUUGAACAAACCAAUUUGUAUUGCAUGGAGUAGCUCUGGUAGAAACCAUUAUAUCCCCUUGGUAGGCAUAAAAGGGGCUGCUUUGCCCAAACUGCCUAUGAAUUUGCUUCCUAAAGCAUGGGGUGUGCCUCAGGAUCUUAUUAAAAAGUACAUCAAACUUGAGGAGGAUGGUGGUUGUGUUAUUGGAGGAGACAGAAGUCUGCAGGAUAAAUACUUGCUUAGGCUUGUUGCUGCUAUGGAAGAAGUCUUUAUGGACAAACAUGGUAUCCACCCCAGUUUGGUUGCUGAUGUUCAUCAAUAUUUCUACAGGAGGACUGGGGUGAUAGGAGUUCAGCCUGAAGAAGUCACAGCAGCUGCUAAAAAAGCAGUAAUGGAUAAUCGCCUUCACAAAUGCUUGCUCUGUGGUGCCCUUUCUGAACUUCAUGUUCCUUCAGAGUGGUUGGUUCCAGGAGGGAAACUGUAUAACCUGGCAAAAAGUACUCAUGGACAGCUGAGGCCUGACAAAAAUUAUAGCUUUCCCUUGAACAGUGUGGUUUGCUCAUAUGAUUCAGUGAAAGAUGUUCUGGUACCAGACUAUGGACUAAGUAGCCUACCAGCUUGUAAUUGGUGUCAUGGCACAUCUGUGCGAAGGGUCAGAGGAGAUGGGUCUAUUGUGUAUUUGGAUGGGGACAGAACUAAUUCGAGAUCCACUGGUGGCAAGUGUGGUUGUGGAUUCAAACAUUUUUGGGAUGGUAAAGAGUAUGACAAUCUACCAGAAGCUUUUCCUAUUACUUUGGAAUGGGGUGGUAGAGUGGUCAGAGAAACAGUAUAUUGGUUCCAGUAUGAAAGUGAUUCAUCUUUGAAUAGUAAUGUUUAUGAUGUUGCAAUGAAACUUGUUACCAAGCACUUUCCUGGUGAAUUUGGGAGUGAAAUCUUAGUUCAGAAAGUUGUCCACACUAUCUUGCAUCAGACUGCCAAAAAGAAUCCUGAUGAUUAUACUCCUGUAAAUAUAGAUGGUGCUCAUGCCCAAAUAGCUGAAGAUGUACAAGGACAAGAGUCAGAGUCUCAGCUCCCAACUAAAAUUAUUCUUACUGGACAGAAAACAAAAACUUUGCACAAGGAGGAGUUAAACAUGAGUAAAACCGAAAGAACUAUUCAACAGACUAUUACGGAACAGGCUUCUGUAAUGCAGAAACGGAAAACAGAGAAGUUAAAACAAGAACAAAAAGGGCAGCCCAGGACUGUUUCUCCCAGUGCCAUUCGGGAUGGUCCAUCCUCUGCACCUGCUACCCCUACCAAAUCUCCCUACUCACCAACAACUUCUAAAGAGAAGAAAAUCCGAAUAACAACUAAUGAUGGACGACAGUCCAUGGUUACACUUAAGUCUUCAACAACCUUUUUUGAACUUCAGGAAAGCAUAGCCAGAGAAUUCAACAUUCCUCCUUAUUUACAGUGUAUUCGAUACGGCUUUCCUCCUAAAGAGUUAAUGCCACCCCAGGCAGGAAUGGAAAAGGAGCCAGUUCCUUUACAGCAUGGUGACAGAAUUACAAUAGAGAUUCUAAAAAGUAAAGCAGAAGGUGGUCAGUCUGCUGCAGCACACUCUGCUCACACUGUGAAACAAGAAGAGAUUGCUGCUACUGGUAAACUGUCAUCUAAGGAACUUCAGGAGCAAGCUGACAAAGAAAUGUACUCCUUGUGUCUUUUAGCAACGUUAAUGGGAGAAGAUGUAUGGUCUUAUGCAAAGGGGCUUCCUCACAUGUUCCAAAAGGGUGGCAUAUUCUACAAUAUUAUGAAGAAAACCAUGGGUAUGGCUGAUGGCAAGCAUUGUACUUUUCCACAUCUACCUGGCAAAACCUUUGUCUAUAAUGCUUCUGAAGAUAGACUGGAGUUGUGUGUGGAUGCUGCAGGACAUUUUCCCAUCGGUCCUGAUGUUGAAGACUUAGUUAAAGAGGCUGUAAGUCAGGUUCGAGCAGAGGCUACUACAAGAAGUAGGGAAUCAAGUCCCUCACAUGGGCUAUUAAAACUAGGUAGUGGUGGUGUAGUGAAAAAGAAAUCUGAUCAACUUCAUAAUGUAACUGCCUUUCAGGGAAAAGGGCAUUCUCUAGGAACUGCAUCCAGUAACCUACAACUUGAUCCAAGAGCUAGGGAAACUCCAGUUGUAAGGAAGCAUAACACAGGGACAGACUUUAGUAAUAGUUCCAUUAAAACGGAGCCUUCUAUAUUCACAGCUACUCCUAGUAACAGUGAGCUUAUUCGAAUAGCUCCUGGAGUAGUUACAACGAGAGAAGGCAGGCAGCUGGAUCCUGAAUUGGUUGAGGCCCAGCGAAAAAAAUUGCAGGAAAUGGUUUCUUCUAUUCAGGCUUCAAUGGACAAGCACUUUAGGGAUCAAAGUACAGAGCAGUCAACAUCUGAUCUUCCUCAAAGGAAAGGAGAAGUUAUGAGUUCUGUGAAGUCUGGGAGUCUUCAGACUGGCUUACCUGAAUCUUUUUCUUUAACUGGUGGCACUGAAAAUUUGAAUACAGAAACAACUGAAAGCUGUGUGGCAGAGGCACUGGGAGCAGCAUUUGCCACAAGGUCAAAAGCACAAAAGGGAAAUUCCGUGGAUGAGCCUGAAGAGAUGGAUAGUCAAGAUGCUGAGAUGACAAACACAACUGAGCCAAUGGAUCACUCUUGAUUUAAUUAGAGGCUAAUAAAGGCAAAAUGUUUAUUGUGAAUAUGUAAUAUUUGUUGGCUGGGCCACAUAAUUUGAUUAGUCAUUAAAUAUCUUGUACGUAUAUAAUUCAAAGAUUAUAUCUUGUUAUUCAGUGCAUGAUAGCAAGUGUGUGAUUGGCAAUAGCUUUUAAUAUACUGCUGCCCAGGCUGGCUCUGAAUUCCUACAAAUUAGUAUUAGAUUUGCUGAGUUUUUUCCAUAUAUGUGGUUCCUUGGAAGUUCUUUGUAAUUUUAAUUUCAUGAAAGUCUUAAUGUUUCAGACAUGAAAAUUCUCUUGCUAAACAUGUUUGAUUUCUAAAAAGGCUAGGACUGGGAGGGAAUGAGAUUUGCUACUGUUGAUGUAACCAUCCCACAUAUUUACUAGAGUGUCAAAGAUUUAUGUACAUUUGAAGGUUAUCUGAACUAAAUUGUAUCUUAAAAUUCAUAAAAAGGAUUUUUUAGAUAUUAGGAUCUUGACAUUUCUGUGAAUGUAAACAUUCAUAGAGAUAGUAUUCUUGGGGAAAAUAUUUUGAGAAUAGAAUGUAAUGAUAAAACAUUUUGCUGAUUUGAGCAAGAUUAUGGGGAAAAUAUCUGUUCUAGAAUGAUAAAGUCAAUGUGAUUCAGUAAUGUUGCUGUUUGAGUUAACACAGCCAAUAGUGUGCUCUGUUGUGGUGUUACCAUUAUUUUUUUAAUCCUGGCCUAGUCAAGUACCACCAAGUUUGUUUUUUCUUUAAUCUUGCAGAAAAGUUGAUUGCAAAGUGUAGUAGAAAAUGUAAAAAUUAUUGUAGCAGUAGUUAAUCUCUAAUUUUCAGAGUUUGUCAGAUUCACAGGCAAUUUAUAAGUGAGAAUUUUUCUUUAUGAAUGAGUUACAUUCUACGAUUUUGAUCAGUGGUAUGUAAGCUUAUAUAUGCUAAGUAUCUUUAACACCUCCCCUCCCUUUGAACCAAAACUGCUUUGUUUUUUCCCCCCGAAUCUAUAAGGUUUUCUUUAUUUGUUGGCUUCACUUGGAUUUGGAUGUAAAUUUUAGUGCAUCAUACCCUGAUCAACUGGGCAUUUGUAUUCAUCAAAUCGUUAGUGCCAGUUUCUUCAAGAAGCAGCUUUCAUGCUUAUUCCUUAAAGACAGAGAAUGUUUAUCUGGAGAUUGGUAUUCCAUUAUUUUAUCCUAUUUUGCAAACCUGUAUACUGAAAUGUACAUUUCAAUCCAUCUUUUUCUUCUGUUCACUGAAAUUAAGUUGAAUUAGAAUGGAUGAAAGACAAAAUGUCUGUUAAUACAAUCUCUUAUCUAGAGCAAAGCCUGGCUGUCUCUGUUUACACAUGUAACAGAUGCAGAAUUGUGUAUUCAUUCUAAGAAAAUAUGUAUCAGGAAGUAUAAUAUCAGGUGUUUAAAAAUCUCAACCUGUUGAUUCAUAACGAAUAUAGACAGUACUUUAACUUGUGUUUCCAAAUAAGAGAGGUUUUGUUUUUCUUUCUAUGAAAGUAUCUCUGACUGAAUCUACUUACUAAAUGAGCUAGUCCAUUUUGAAUAAGGAAAGAAUGGAGAAUCUAGACAUUUGCAGGUGAUAUCUGAGCAAGAUAUAUAUUUGGGUUUUAUCACACUUUAAAAAACCGUUUUUCUCCAUUUUUCUAAACUUCAAGUGUCUUUCUCUAUAUCUAAAUAGCAGAAAAGUGUAGAAUUUUUAUAUUGUGCACUAGUUUUGCAUAAAAAACUGCAGCUGCCAACUAAUAUUUCCCAUUUAGUUAGUACAGGUGACUUCUGUGUAUUAAACUAAAAAUUACAUAUAUCACUAACCACUAUACUUUUGGCCUUUUCAGCCAUUGAAACAUGCCUCCCCAUUUUUAGUUUAAAUACAAGAAAACUUAACAAGCAAAAUGCACUGCUUCCAGGUAAAUAAUAUAAUCACCUUUUCUUUAACAAAUAUUUUCUUCAUCUGUGGCUUAGUAUGUUUAAUUAAUAACUGACAAAUAUAUUCUCAUAGCAUGAAGUAAAAAUAUCAAAUUUUAUCUGCCUAUUAAAUACUUUUAUUUAUUCAAAUUAGAAUGUACCUGUGAACAUUUCAAAGGGUUUAAUCUCUGACAACACAUUAAUUUCUCUCGCCACAGCAAUGCUAUUUAGAAGCCAGUUAGGUAUAAAUAUUAUAAUAGUUUGGGUUCUCCCAUGAUAAAGAAUAAAAGGCUUGAUUCUGAGAAUGAUUAGAUUUCUUAAAAUUAUUUUAAAGCUGCUGAAAAUUGGGGUAAUUAAUGGUUUUUGAGAGGUGAGCCCAGGUACCAUCUUUACAAAGAAGUUUUAGAACAAUUUAAGUUCUUAAAUAUCAUUGUUUGUCCUUCCGUAUGGUUAUUAUAAUAAAUUGCAGGACUAAAGAAUGGUUAUUUUUUAGUAUUAUUUGUGAUCACCACAACUUUGAGUCCAAGCUGGAGAUCAUAAAUCAGUUAAUAUUUUUAGCCCUAGAUGUUACAUAAACUAUAACUAAAUUCUGUUUGCAGUGUUUCACUGAAAGUCAGAGUUUUUCCUUUGGUAAUCCAUUUUAUAAUUAAUCAUACCAAGUUUGAAUUGAUGACCCAAAGUGCAGGUGGAAUUGAAGAUAGUGUAUGUCUAGAAUGCUGGUAAUGAGACACUGGUUGAAAUUGAAGAAAAACAAGACAACUGCCAAAUAUAAGCUAGAAUAUAAUGAACUCCAAGGGAAUGGUUACUCAGGAACUAGUCUAAGGGCAAGCAUAAGGUCCAUUUCCCCCUCUUUCACUGUGUUUCAUGAUAAUGACCUGAGAAAUUUAGCAAAUUUGCUGCAUAAUUUGAUAGUUUUCUAGUUUGGUUUUACAAUCAAGCCUUCUGCUUGCAAUCUGAAAUGCAUCUGUGAUUUCCAGCCACAGGUCCUUAUUGCCAUUAUUUUUGAGUAUCUUACUUCAUUGGUAAUGAGCAGUCUUUUGCAAAUGUCUCUUACCUCAGGGAAGAUCACUUGCGAGCAACUCAUACUACUAAUGACAGGUUUUUGAGAAUUGUACUGACAUCACCUUAGCUACUAGAUGCAAAGUUUAUAAAAGUAUUUUAUGUAGUUACUUAGUAAUACUGGCUGUUAGUAAACAUUUCUCUUAAAAAUUUAGACCUCACUAAUAACUAGUCUUUAGAUAUGAAAUAAGCUUGUAACUUCUGUCAUUAUGAUUUGGUCAAUAUAAUCCUAUAUAAUAAAAGGCCAACAUGCAAUUGUCCCCUUGGGAGUUCGACUGCUCGCUAUGACGUGUGUUGACCACCAGGGAGCGGUGCGGAAUGAAGGCAGGCCCCCAUCGACCCUGAUUGCUGGCCAGGCCUAGGGACUCUACCGUGCACGAAUUCCAUGCACCGGGCCUCUAGUGACAAUAUAAAAUAUCAGUCUAGAUUUGUCUUAAAUUUUCAAUAGGAAUUUUAAUUGGCCCAUACUUAAAAUAUGGCAGAACAGAUUUUGAGUUUCAAGGUUCUCAAAACAAAAUUUCCAUGUUAAGAUUUUCAUAAAAGCCUUCACAAAAAUCAGGUUAAACUCCACUCAUCUUACUAUAAACUUAAAAUGACUUUUUAUAAUAGUAGUAGUGAAGUACAUGCUCUAAGUUGGAUAGACAUUACAAAGUUAUAUAAUUUAACAAAAUUAUACAACCUCAAGGCACUCCACAGUUAAUUUAAAAAGUUACUAUUUCAAGCCAGAACUAUUCACUUGAAAACCUACCAUAGUAGAAUGUUUACUUAAAUAAAAUAACAAAGGGGAGCUAUCUCACCAAUUGUAAGAUUUAUAGUUAAUUGUAAGUUCUGUCAUUCUUAAUAAUUCUUUGAGAUGCUAAGUGUUUCAAUUCAUAUUUAAUAAUACUUAAAUCGUGGGAAUUUUAACCUUUGUUCCAAAAUAGCAGGAAUUGUAAAAAUUGUGAAUUAUUGGAGAAAAUGCCAUUACUUGUAUAUCUGACAUUUAAUUUUUUAAAUUAUGGAGUCUACAUCCUUUUGUAGUGUAAUAUUAAUACAAUGAUUAUUCUCUUGUAAAAGAAAGGAAAACUAGUAAAAAAAAGUUUUAGUUAUCUGCUUGUGAGUAUCAAGUACUUAGUAUUUAAAAUUUUAAGGUAUUGCAUACUUUUCUUUAGAAUGCACAAGUCCCUUCCUGAGCCUUUAUGCCUGUGGUGGAGCAAUAAAAGACUGAAAAGGUUAUCAAUAUUUUCAGGUCUAUUUGACUUUAAGAGUUAGUGCCAAGAGCUGGAGAGUCUACUUUUUGGAGGGAAAUAUUAUUUAGUAUAUGUAAAAUUCAGUAGUAAUAGUGAGAAUAUUUGGAAAUAAUAGCAAGUGCUUUAACUGCUCAAUAACAUAGCAUAGAUGUUAAAUCAUCCCUAAGGCACUGGCUGUUACCCAUUAUUUUCUGAUUUUGUGAUUGCUUGUAUAUAUUACAUUUGAGUAAUAAAUAAUUGGUAAUAGUUUAUUAUAACUGUAUAGUGUUCUACAGCACACCUCACUGUACAGUAUUUGUAGUUUUCUUUUAUAUCAAUAAAAUAAAAUAAUACAUACUGAUUUUCCCCUCAA